CAUAGAUAGAGGCGAAAAAUAAGAACAAGGAAGAGAGAGAGAGAGAGAGAGAGAGAGAGAGAGAGAGAGGAUGGAGAGCAAGGCGAGGAGGAUUCUGGAAGAGAUUAAAUCCUCUGAUCUUAUUGAGAACCGAGUUCAACUGCUCACACAACUUGCCCAGUUAGACAUCGAGGACAAAUCUGAUGUGCCAUCUCUCAUGGAGAGCCUAGCAACGUUCUGGGAAGAUUUCACAUGUCUGGAUGUUUCCCAGUGUUUGUUGAACAAGGCUAUAUUGUGUGUGGCCUCCAAAUACCUAGCUUUGGAUCUACCUGACUGCUUACAUCAGUUUCUCGGUCUUGGUGUUAAGGUGAGCCAGUGGUGUGCAAAACAUUUAAAAAUGUCCCUGAUGUCGAUGGAGGAAUCUCAAGAAGAGGGGCAUUCCAACAUUUUUUUUCAGCUUCUUCUGGAUUAUUUUUGCUUUUCAGCCUCGAGUUUUACUGCUAUCAGUAAAUACUCUUCUAUGAAUGACAAGGCCUUGGGUGUUACAGUUCACAAGUUUGUCUCAGACCAGCUGAAUAUCACAAAGGAGGUGAUAUUGAAUGCCAAGAAAGUCGAUACAUUUUCCGAGGAGAUACUUAAGGCUGCACAAAUGGUGAUUGACUGUGUAGUACGUCUGUGCAAAGAGUGUUAUUCCCAAGCCAAAGACAAGGACACAAAUGAUAGAACUGUGAGUAAUUUCUUAAGCAUGACAGAAUUGGCAGUAAAAGCCCUGAGUGAAUUGGGUAUCCUUGCUGCAAAAGAUGGUGGUAAUCUUGUGUCCAUCCUUAACUCAUCAUGGAAGGGUGUGAUCACAUUGCUUCAGAUUGACAAACACACAAUAGUAUCUAAGGUUGAAGUAGCAGACAUUAUCUUAAUGCUAAUAUCACUGGUCAAGGAGUCUCUGACAUUUGCAGCUGAGGGUUGGUCUCGCUCAGUCAAGGAAGUCAUUUCUGCAACAGAAGCAAGGAGGGUAUUUCUUCCUGUGAAAUUCUAUUUGAUCAAUGCUGUUAAAGUUGUGGCACUGUUUCCGAGCCAGGCCUAUGUGGUGUUCAAGGAGAUAGCACUCUGCAUUUUAAUGAUAUUCGCUCUUAAAUUUUCACUUAGCCAAGAAAGCCAUGGAAAACCUGCGAGUGAAGUAAUGACUGAUCUUCUAGAGAAAACAUCUAUAGAUCUUUUAAAUGCUCUGCUGAACUCAGAUGAACUGAAACGUGAGCACAAGGAUGCCCUUCUGGAUUGGUUAUUCAUGGAUGCAGAAGGUUUUAAAAACCAAACUGGUAAGAGUCAAAGCCAUGAUUUGAAGACAGCAUCAUUAGUUGAUAUCUUUUCUUUCCAUGUUGAAUCUGCGACAAGCACUAGAAUUUUGCUGCUUGCCCGAGUUGUAUUGUUUCAGAGUGUCCUGAGGCAUUCUUCUGUUCUCAAAGACGAUGCAAAAUGGGCAAUCACCACAAAGCUUCAGUGGUUUCUGGACAUAUUAAUGGAUAAAGAGGUUUAUUCUUCGGUUCUUUCUUCCCAGAUCCCAAUAGCAGAUGGUCCUGGAAAGUCUAUAGUCUGGGAACCAAUGUUUUCAGCUCUAGUUUUGUCUCUCAAAACCCUCAGCGUUGUCCUGUCUUCAAGUACUGCCUGGGAAGAGUUUGAAAUGUUCCUGCUCCAGAAUUUCUUGCAUCCCCAUUUCCUGUGUUGGCAGAUUGUUAUGGAACUCUGGUGCUUCUGGGCGCGUUAUGCCACAGGGGGCUUAGUGAAUGACAUGGUUGACAAACUUUGUGCGUUCAUGAUGACUUUAUCAUCAUCACAAGCGCUACUUCUUCCGGAUUCUGCUCUCAGAAAAACGACGAGAUUCAUCUGCUUUCUUCUUAAACAUGGCCCGAAAUCUUUGGCUGAUCAGGUUUACAAUUACGUUUUCAGCGAGAGCAGAUCUCAAUUUGCCCUGGAUGUAUAUCUAGCCUUGCUGUUGGAAGGGUUUCCACAGAAGUUCCUAUCAGACAGCACGAGAAAAAAUGCCAAGCAAUGGAUAAUUGCAGAUUACUUAAACUUUAUAGAGAACUUUAACGGAAAGCCACCAAGUUCCUCCGCAUACAGUGUUUCCGGGGGUCCAGUUUUCGCAUUAUCUGCCUGCCUUCAAUCACUACCAAUGAUUGAGAUAGAGAUUGACACCAAGACACUUAAGUUUGUAGCGAAUCUGAUCUCUAAGUACAGAAACACCAAAGACCAAGCGACGAGGAACCAUCAGGCAGACAUUCUCGGUGAAACAAUAACAAUCAUACCGAAAGUGGAAGAGCUAUACACUUCCCUCCACAUGGACAGCAUCGUGCUAGAGCUUCAGAAGCUUUUCAUCUCUUCAGAACCCGACCCUCUGUACAAAUGCAAGCCGGGUCUUGCUCUGUUCAUGGCAGGACUUAGCCACACAGGAAUGUCUGAAAGCGGCAACUGCCCAAAGAGCUGCGCGGUCUGGGAACUCUACCACAUGCUUCUACGGGAACGCCACUGGGCUCUGGUCCAUCUUGCCCUAACAGCGUUCGGGCACUUUUGCGCUCGUACAAGCUGCAAACAGCUAUGGAGAUUUGUUCCUAAUGACGCAGCUCUAGCAUACAAAGCCUCUGGAAAUGAGUCAAGCACAGAACAGUUCAUGUCGGAGUUGAAGAUGUUCCUGGAGAAAGAGCAUGCCCUUCUGGCAACGGAGCCUUUAACCGAGCAGAUUGAGUUACUUGCGAAAGAAGGGAGGGCUAUCAAGGGAAAGGUGAAGAAGCUUGUGGAAGGAGGUGGUGAGGGGAUGGAGACAGGAGAGGAGGGAAGACCCAAGAAGAGGAGGAAACUUCCGGGACGAAUCUGCAGAGGUAUUGAACUGCUGCAGAAGGGAGUGAAGGCUAUAGACGAGGGUUUAUGCCAUUGGAGAUCAGAUCAGACGGACUGUGAAGAGGAAGAGAUGCAUAACAAGCUGUUGAAUCACUUGUCGUGUCUCAAAGAUUUGGUUUCUCAUUUGGCCGGCCUUGAUUCUUCCGACAUGAUUUCUUCUACCUGAUUCAAUGGAUUCUCGUGUACACAUAACUGGAAUCUAAAAGACGAGACGAGAGUAAAUUUCCAAUUCAUGGUCUUGUUGUAUUAUGUUUUUCUUUAUAAAUGAAACUGGUGUUCGGA